GCGCGCAAUUAUUUUCGAAGAACAAUUUGGGCCUCAAGAUGGCAGCUUCCAUUUGGAAAUUCGGCAAACUUGUUUUGCCUAAAGCGAGAGGAUCUCCUCGUCUUUUCAAGUCCUUGGAGUCAAGUUCAGUGCUUCCUCAGUAUGAUCAGCACAGGAACCUCUCUAUCCAUGAGUACAUGGGUUACCAGCUGUUGGAAGAAGCAGGUGUUCCCAUCCCCAAGGCUGAGGUGGCCACUACCGCACAGAGAGCGUAUGAAAUUGCCAAGAGCUUAGGAUGUGACCAUAAUGGUUCAGGGUCUGGAGAUGUGGUCGUCAAGGCACAGGUGUUGGCUGGUGGGAGGGGGAAGGGGCACUUCACCAGUGGCUUAAAGGGAGGGGUCAAACUUGCCUUCUCACCGGAAGAGGUCAAAGAUCUUGCCUCCCAGAUGAUCGGUAACAAGCUAAUCACAAAACAGACGGGUGAAGCGGGCAGGAUCUGCAACUCGGUUCUUGUCUGUGAAAGGAUGUAUGUCAGGAGAGAGUACUACUUUGCAAUCACAAUGGAAAGGGCAUUCAAUGGGCCGGUCUUGGUAGCCAGUUCACAGGGUGGGGUAAACAUAGAGGACGUCGCAGCAGAGAAUCCAGAUGCAAUCAUCAAAGAACCUAUCGAUAUUGAAGCAGGUAUCCAGAGAUCACAAGCUGAGAAGGUGGCUAAACUCAUGGGCUUCCCAGAGAAAGCUGUACCACAGGCUGCAGAAACGUUUAUGAACCUGUAUAAUAACAUAUUCAUAAAGUAUGAUGCUACUAUGCUCGAGAUUAACCCCCUGGUAGAAGACAGCGAUGGAAACGUCCUUUGUAUGGACUCCAAGAUCAACUUCGAUGACAAUGCUUCAUACAGACAAAAGAAGAUCCACGAUUUGAGGGACUGGUCACAAGAAGAUGAGCGAGAAGUUUCGGCAUCUGAAUACAAUCUCAACUACAUAGGCCUUGAUGGAGACAUUGGUUGCUUAGUAAAUGGAGCUGGUUUAGCCAUGUCCACCAUGGAUAUCAUUAAACUCCAUGGAGGCACCCCUGCAAACUUUCUUGACGUCGGGGGCGGGGCUACGGCAGACCAAGUCAAGCAGGCAUUCAAACUCAUCACAUCGGACAGCAAGGUGCAAGCGAUCAUGGUGAAUAUCUUUGGAGGAAUCAUGCAAUGUGACAUCAUCGCUAAGGGUAUCAUCGCCGCUGCUAAUGAACUCAGUCUUAAAGUACCCAUUGUAGUAAGGUUACAGGGAACCCAGGUUGAGGAAGCCAAAGCAAUUAUUGCAUCAAGUGAUCUCAGGAUAUUGGCUUGUGAUGACCUAGAUGAAGCAGCAAAAAUGGUUGUUAAAUUAUCCACCAUUGUAGGAUUAGCAAAAGACGCCCACGUAGACGUCAACUUCCAGCUACCACUAUGAGCGGAGGAGAGUCAAAUGCACAAAUUUGAGGGUCUAACCGCCUUUUAUUCAGAGAUAAGAAAAAAUUCUUGUUAUAUUAUUGUCAUUAUUCACUUUAUUUAGUAAAGUAUUUAUGUGUGUGUUUAUUUCCCCGAAUACAACCACAUUUGGUUUUGUUUUCACAAUGUGUUUAACUGAAAUGGACUUAUCUUUUACCUCACAUGUAUACAUGCAUUCUGAACAUGUGGUUUAAUUUUGAGGUACUCUGAUACAGCAUUGCACCUCUUUAAAGAAUGUUGCGAGCGCAUUAAUUUAAUCUUAAAUCAUUGAACACUUAAAUUCUGAAAUUCCUUUAUGAUAUAUACAGGGACCACUUUAACCAAUGUUGUAUUACAUUUAAACUUAAAGGAAAUCACUACUUAAUACAAGGUAAAAAAAAAAUAUCUUGUCUGAAAGGGGGUAUCAUUUGUUAAAUGUGCUUAUACAUUUUCCUAUGAUACACAAUUUGAUAAAUUCUGAAGAUCUCUCCACAUGCUGUCAAUAGGUAAAUAAGGUUAAUUGGUCAGUGGCAGAUAGACGUAAGUCCAGAGUGAUGUCCCAUAUAAUCAGAACUAGGAGGACAUAACAUAUUGAGGGAUUUGAAAUACACAACCUCUGGUCAUUCAGGGAGAAACUUGUAUUCAUACAUCAAAGUCUAUGCUGCGAUACCAGAGCCUCAAAUGAUACAAAAUUAGUGAUUGAUUGUAGGUCUGAUUUCUAAGAUUGAUUGCAUUGAUAUUUGUGUAUGAUCAACUGUAAGAAUCAGCCCUUUGAUCAAUCGCUAAGCUUUAUGAUAAGGGUGCCCAGAUUGUAACAGUCCAAGAGUUGAAUAAAAUUUUGUGAGCUAUUAGAAGAGAAAGGUGUGUGCUUGUAUAGAUGAAUCAGAAUUAAAUAGUAUGCAAGAUAUAGUGACCUCAUGACUGGUAUGGAAGUUUGAACUAGAUUUUUCAACUUGUGAUGUUACAUCCUUUUGCCGGUGAAUCAGCGUGAAAGAACACACUAUGAAACAUUGAUUGAGACAUACAUGUAUAAAAUAUUAGAAUAUAAAACACAGGCUACUUUGACGCACAAAUCAGAAUUUUAUUCAGACCAAGAUUCUCAAACAAGAAUAGAGUAGUUUCACAAUGACAUUACAAGGUGAUAAGGGUUUUUUUUUAAGUUAAUAUGAUUUCUGCUAUCCAUUGAGUAAAAUAUAAAUUUAUAUGAACAUUAUUCCCCUCACAAAUCAAGUGCUUUUUAAGAAUACAUUGACAAAUACAUGUAGUAUAUGCCUAUUGGCUGAUUGAAUUCAAAUUAAUAAUACAUUUCUGUAUUCUUAGAUCUAAAUUAGUAUUAUUGCUGAAUAUUAAUAAAAUACAAUGUAUUUUGCUCUGAUUUUCAAAAAGCGCACCCCAUUUUAAAAAAAUCAGACAAUUUGCCAAUUUAUCAUAAUCUGAGCGAUGUAAAUAUAUAGCAGAAAUAUCAUUCAGUUUUAACUUUAUUUUCUGUUCCUUUUUCACACAGCAGUGCAAAUGAGAGGAAAACUAUAUAGUUCUAUAUAUGUAAUGGUAUAAAGGAUUGUUGUAAUAUGUUGUACAAGUUGUUUCUUUUUUAAUGCACACAACUGUUGUGUGAGCAUACAUGAUAUGCAAUUGUUUAUUCAUAGGUGAUAUGAAUUAAAUGAAUUCUAACAUGAAAAUAUCA